AAGAAAUUUCAAUUUUUAUAAAAAGAUGCUUCCUUGCCGCAAAAAAUGGAUAUAACGAACGAUUAUUUUGUAUCGCGGGUUUAGAAUUUCUUGAAUUCGAAUUACAAUACAAGUUAGUCAACGAAUUACGCAAUUUUCAGAAAUCUGAAACAGAUUAUUACUUGACUUUGAUCUGUUGUCAAGAAAAUGGAAUUCGUCAUCACAUUCUUGAUCAAUUUUCAGAACAUGUGCGUUUCACUAACGGUCUUGGUGAAAAUACCAUGAAAAAUAUGUACAAAGAACUUUGUUCAAAUGUAUUUUGUGUUACUUCUUACUUGUCUGGCCAAGGAAAAACAGAAUAUAUAAAGAAUGCUAGUGCAGAGAAAGAUUUUAUUGCUCGAAAUUUACUGAUAGGUGAUGACGUACAUUUUGAUGAAUUAGUUGAAAAGUUAAAAAACCUUGUGUUCAUCGAAAUUGCAUCUUCGAAUAAUGAGCGUUUGCUAAAUUCAAUCCCAAUCGCAAAAUGCCUUCAAAGUGUGAAUUUGAAAUGGGACAUAAAAAAUUUUAUUGUUUCUUCCGAAAUAUCUAGUCCAAUUCAAAUAGUGUCUCAUUAUUUAGAUGCUUACGAAAGCCAACAAUUAAAUAGUAAAGACAUUUUGUUCACUGGAAAAAGAACUGUUAGAAGACCUAUGAAUCCAGCACGUUGUCAAGAGUUAGUGCAAAAAUAUUUUUUGGACGGCAAUGAAGAAGAUAUUAAAUCUUAUCGUUUCGUAGAAAUCUUUUUGAAUGUAUUUGCAGAUCAAUUAGUUCGAUUGUCAUUGAGUUCAUUUUUCAAUGUAAAUAACAUUCAACUUAUGGUAAAGGAUACAAACAUUCGUACAACUCUAGUAAAAACUCUGCUCAAUGUCUCUAAGGACUUUGCAACACGCUCAGUCGCUACACAACAAGAAUCAACACAAUUAAUAGAAAAUAUUGAUGAUGAUCAACUUGAGACCAUCGUUCAGUGGGACACUUCUAAUCAUCUUGUGGUGUUUUUUUUAUCUCAAACUCCGGAUUCUAUUUGUGCCCUUUAUCGUGACCGCAAACAUGUCCCUCAAAACGUGAAAAAACUGCUAAUGAGUCAAAAUAUAAGAAAUUACCAAAAUGAUCUUCCUCAAGUGAGUCAAAAUAGAAGAAAUUACCAAAAUGAAUUUUCUCAACUGAGUCAAAAUAUAAGAAAUUACCAAAAUGAUUUGUCUCAACAUAUAAGAAAUUACCAAAAUGAUGUUUCUCAAAUGAGUCAAAAUAUAAGAAAUUACCAAAAUAAUUUUUCUCAACGGAGUCAAAAUAUAAGAAAUUACCGAAAUGAUUUUUCUCAACGGAGUCAUAAUAUAAGAAAUUCCCAAAAUGAUUUUUCUCAACGAAGUCAAAAUAUAAGAAAUUCCCAAAAUGAUUUUUCUCAACCUGGAGAACAAAAAAUUUGGGAAUUAGAUGACUAUAAUACAAUGUCAGAAAGUGCUUUAUUGGAGAAAUUAGAAGGUAUAGCGCGAAAAUCGAUGGGUAAACUGGAAUUACCCAGCUAUGCUUUGUCAGCCGACAAUCUUAAAAUGGCAUUAAUCUUAUUGAGAGCUCGAGCAAAUAUCCCAGUGGUUAUAUGCGGUGAAGCGGGUUGUGGGAAAGUGCGUGAAAUUCCUAAGAUUCAUCUUAAAGAAAAAGAACCAAGAACAAGUCUAAUUAGUUUUCUAGCGGCAGUUGUUGAAGUUAAGUUCAAGGUACUUUCGCUUCAUGCUGGCAUACGCGAGGACCAAAUUUAUGAUUUUAUGGAAACAAUACACCCGCUACCUGAUCAAAUUUUAGAUUAUGUGUGGGAUUAUGGUGUCCUUAAGCUUGAGGAAGAAAAGGCUUACAUUAAAAUCAUGGUGGAAAGUCAGAUAGGAGCACAUCCGAUAUUCGUGGAUUUGCUUUGUGAAUCACAGAAAUUUAUUCGAAUGGUUGAAGAAUCAUACACAGUCAGCCUUCGCGAUGAACGACCACCUGCAACACAUCCUCGUGGUAUCUCUCGUUUCCUUCCAUUUUGGGACUAUCCACCAAAAGACAAAAAAACAUUGAUACGUAAUAGCUUUGUUCUAUCACUUGGCCUUUGCUAUCAAUCACGCUUAUAUGAUCAAGAUUUGCGAAAAAGAUAUCGAGAGUGUAUGGCAAAAGUUUUUACGGAACAUAAAGAAAGGCUUAAUGCUUCAGAUUUUCAAAUGAUAAUUCGUAGGGAGCAAGAAGAUUUUAUGCGACGAAUGGUUUGCCCUCCAUCUACAGCAGACAAUGAUGCUCUUUUGGAGAACAUUCUUGUGAUGAUUGUUUGCAUAUUGAAUCGAAUUCCUGUUUUUAUUAUCGGAGCCCCCGGAAGCUCAAAGUCUUUGGCAGUACGACUUAUUAGCUCAAAUCUUCGAGGAGCAGAAUCAGAUGAUGAAUAUUUUAAAACAUUACCACAAGCAUUUCCUGUGCAAGCUGUUGUCCUUCUCGAUGAAGUCGGUCUAGCUGAAACUAGCCGAUUCAAUCCUUUGAAAGUUCUUCACGCUCUUUUAGAGCCUGGUUUCUUAAAAGAUGACUCUAUUGAAAGUCCAAAUACGUCAGUUGUUGAAACACAAUCAAAGCCAAUUCUCGACAUAGACACUGAAGAUCCCAUGGAAGGUUCAUCAUCAUCAGUCAUUAAUAAAGUUGAUCCGUCCGUGUCAAUUAAUAAGGAAAAUCCUAAGGAUGGUCCAGCAGUAUCAGUUGUUGCGUUGCUUGUGCAAAGGCCAAAAUUUGGCAUUGAUGACCUUACUUUAACAGCUAAAAUGCUUUUAGAUAACGAUAAAAAAGCUAAAAAUGGCAUAGAUACCUCUAUACUCAGACAACUUGCUAAAGCCUACCUUGAUUACGAAAAGGAUCAAAAAUAUAAAAAUUUUCAUG